AUGUGCCAGAGUCGUUCAGCAGCUAACGUGCCCCCCUCCGCUUUUUAUAUCUUUUAUAACAUUUUACACCCACCCCUUCCUUUUACUUUUAUUCUCCGAAUUUCAUUUCUGCUCCCCCACCAUGACAUUGCCUCUUUCGCCCCCACACUUUCUCUCUUAACUUUUCUUUCUUUCUUUCACUUUUCCCACCCUUAUAAUAUCUAUCUAUCUAUCUAUCUAUCUAUCUAUCUAUCUAUCUAUCUAUCUAUCUAUCUAUCUAUCUUAGUCUCUCCAUUAUCUAUCUAUCUAUAUAUCUAUCUUAUUCUCUCCAGUAUCUAUCUAUCUAUCUUAGUCUCUCCAUUAUCUAUCUAUCUAUCUAUCUAUCUAUCUAUCUAUCUAUCUAUCUAUAUAUAUAUAUAUAUAUAUAUACAGUUAAGCUUUCGAUCAUUUUCAUUGUCAGACCUUCAAUGCUAUCGCCUACCCUGUAUGAAUUUUUACUUUUUCUUUUUUACCUCUACUUUCUUGUCUUCUCGCUUUGUUGCUUACCCUUUUCUUCUCUUCAUCUCUUUCUUUUCUCUUUCUUCCCCAUUUUUAAUUUCUUUCUUUCUUUCUUUCUUUCUUUCUUUCUUUCUUUCUUUGUCCUCUCUUUGUUUUUCUUUCUCGUUCUUUCUUUCUUCGUUCAAGUUAUUCAUCGUUUUUUCUUUAACGCCAUCCUUUCCAUUUUUAUUUUUCCUUUCUCUUCCUCAUUUUUCUUCUCACUUCUCGGCUUUUCUUCUUCCUUUCCGCUUUUCUUUAUUCUUUCUGUUUCCUUUCUUCCUUUUUGUUUUUCUUCUUAACUUCUGUUUUUUUUUGUUUUGUUUUUUUGUUUUGUUUUUUAAUUCUUUGUCGGUAUUCUUGUUCUUUCUGUUUUUCUUCUUCCUUCCGGCUUUUCUAUAUGCUUUCUGUUUUCCUUCUCCGUCCUCAGAUUUUCAACUUCCUUCCCGUUUUUCCUCCUUCCGCUUUUCUUCUUUCUUCUCGCUUUUCUACUUCCUUCCCGUUUUUCUUCUUCCUUCCCGUUUUUCAUGUUCUUAUUCCUUUCCGUUUUUCUUUCUUCCGCUUUUCUUUAUUCUUUCCGCUUGUAUUCUUAAUUCCCGUUUUACUUCCUUCUUUAACUUUUCGUUUUUCUUCUUCCCUUCCUUUUUUUUUUUUUUUCAUUUGCUUUCUUCUAUCCAUUUUUUCUUCCUCUCGGUUUUCUUCUUCUUCUUUCUUUCUUUCAUUCUUUCUUUCUUUCUUUAUUCUUUCCCGUAUUUCUUUCAUUCUCCCCGUUUUUCUUCUUUACUUUUCUUUUUUCUUCUCGCUCCUUUUCUCUUCUUUUUCUUUUCUAUAUCUUUCACGCAAGUUUUAAUUGUAUUUCUCAACUUCGCUUUUUCUUUCCUUCCUUUCCAUUUCACAACCUCUUCAUCUUAUUGUUCGCUUUUUCAUCGACCUUUCUUUUUUUCUCUCCAAGCCAUUAUUUCAUUUCCUUCCUUCGCCUCCAUUUCGUCUACGGUGCCUUCUUUUUGGAAAUCAAACCUUUUCCUCAUUCCACAUAUUUUUAAUUCGAUAAAUCUCCUUGAAUGUUUUUACCUUCCAUUCUGCUAUUGCUUUUUUUUUAUCUUCUUUUUCUUUCUUCUCUUUUUCUACGCUCUGUUUAUCUCUCUCUUAGUUUUUGUUAAGCCAAUGUCAUUGUUUACUGUGUUCUGCAAACGAAUUGUAUUGCAAUCUGCUAAUAAAUGUCUCUACCCCCACGUGCUUAUUUUACCUGAUGUUUACCUUUCUCUGAAUUCUGUAGACUAUCAGUUCUUACCUCUUUUGUUUUUGUUUAAUUUUCUUACGUUUUCGAUGUGUCUUCCUUCUCGCUUUUCUUUCUUCCUCAUCGUUUUCCUUGUUAGUUCUCGCUUGUCUACUGCCUUCCGGUUUUUCAUCUUCUUCCUUCUCGUUUUCUUCUUUCUCAUUUUUCUUCUUCUUUUUCCUUCUCAUUUUUCUAAUUCCUUCCUGUUUUCUUCUUCUUCCUUCUCAUUUUUCUAUUUCUUUCCCGUUUUCUUCUUCUUCCUUCUUAUUUUUCUUCUUUUUCUUCUUUCUCAUUUUUCUAAUUCCUUCCCGUUUUCUUUUUCUUCUUCCUUCUUAUUUUUCUUCUUUCUCAUUUUUAUACGCCCUUCCCGUUUUUCUUCUUCAUUCCUAUUUUUCUUUCUUCCUCCUCAUUUUCAUUCUUGCUUCGCGGUUUUCAACUUGCAGUUUUUCUUCUUCUUUCUCGUUUUCCUUCUUUUUCCUCAUUUUCCUUCUUAUUUCUCGCUUAUCUACUUCCUUCCCGUUUUUGUAAGUUCUUCCAUUUUGAUUUUUCUUCUUAGUUCUCAUUUUCUUCUUCCCUCCCAUUUUUCUUUAAUCUUUCCGUUUUUCUUCUUCCUUCUUGGUUUUCAACUUUCUUCCAGUUCUUCUUUUUUUUCUUCCUUUUUUUCUUCUUCCUUCUUCCUUCUCGUUUUUCUUUAUUCUUCACGUUUUCUUUCUUCCUCCUUGUUUUCAUUCUUACUUCUCACUUUUUCACUUCGUUCGCGUUUUUCUUGUUCUUCUUCCUGUUUUUCUUCUUCUUCCUUCCCGCUUUCCUUUGUUCUUGCCGUUUUUAUUCUUCAUUCCCGUCUUUCUUCUGAAUUCUGUAGACUUCUUUUUUUUUUGUCGGGGUGGGGUCUUUACUUUCUCCGACUUUCUCUCUCUCUCUCUUUUAUCGACUCCCCCGACAUCAUCUCAUCACUCACAUUUUCUUUUUCAUUUGGCCUUUGUCUCUUCAUUUUAUCUCUUCUUUAUCUUUUUCAUACAUUAUUCUCUCUCAUUAUCUAUCUAUCUAUCUAUCUAUCUAUCUAUCUAUCUAUCUAUCUAUCUGUGUGUGUGUAA